AUGCCGACCAUCACACUGGUCGCCUCUUCUCUGGGGUUUGUAUUUGGUACACUUUUUGCCCUUGUAGGAAAUAAUGACAGUGUGUACUACUGUGUGAUUCAAUUUUUUCGAGAGCCCAGUAGCCUGCCUAAGCAGUUGAAGUGUCGACGCAACAAUGGCGCAAAACAACAGAUAGAGCUCAUGUCAAUCAAUACCGUUGGUUCCUUGGGAGGCACUAACUUGGGGGCUUUAUACAGCUUGAAUGCUAGGCGUGAUAGCAGUCUCUUCGAUCUUGAGUCACUUCCUUCCUUGUGCACAAGUGACACUGAAUCGGAGCCUGAUACGGCUAGCGCGUUUUCUCCAAAUGUGCAAGAGCCUCGAUUCUUAUACUUCUGGGAUCAUACCGGCUUACAAGAUGCUGCACCUUGA